AUGCCAAAAACUAAACCUGGAUAUUAUGCUAUACGAAAAGGACGUAAACCAGGAAUUUACUUAACUUGGGAUGAAUGUAAAGUGCAAGUUAAUAAAUUUCCUAAUGCUGUUUAUAAAAAAUUUUCUACUCGUACUGAAACUCAAAAUUUUAAUGAAGAAAAAUGUGAAGUUUCUGUUGUUCUAAAUGAUAGCAGAUCAUUAUUUUACAAUGGUACAAAAAAAGCUCAAGCAGGUAUUGGAGUUUUCUGGAAAGAUAAUGAUCCUAAUAAUUUGA